AGGCCUGUGCUUUCAUUUAUCUGACAGAAGGGUUUCACCAGUUCUGCUCGUUUUGACGACUACUAGUAUGAUUAACCUUUCAUCUCUCAAACCCACCCUCUCUCUCUUUUUUUUGUUUUCACUGUUUCUUCACCUCGCCACUACUUCUAAUGCUCCGUACCAGCCAUCUGAUCUUAUCCUUCUCGACUGUGGCUCCUCAGAGAAUACCACCGUUGAUCGCCGCCAAUGGACUGGAGACUUGGAAUCGAAAUUCGGUCCUCUGGAACCAUCUUACAAUAAAUCAGUAUAUUCUACGGCCCUUAUCCAAGGCGAUUCCCAGGUCCCUUACACGACUGCUCGCCUAUCUGGAUCCCCGUUCACGUACACUUUUCCUGUCACCGCCGGCCAAAAAUUUGUCCGCCUCUACUUCUACCCUGCUCGAUACCAAGGUUUUGACAGGUCUAAGGACUUCUUCGAUGUCAAAGCGGGGCCUUACGCUUUACUCAGGAAUUUCAGUGCUACUUUUUAUGCUCGUGGUUGGAACACUAACACCUUCAUUAAAGAAUACUGCAUAAAUGUUGAGAAGGACCAGAAACUGAAUAUAACGUUCGCUCCCUCUCUAGGAAAUUCAAAUGGCUCGUACGCUUUCAUUAAUGGAAUAGAGAUUGUAUCAAUGCCAACCAACCUUUACUACACUCCACCGGCUGGCCUAGGCCUCAAUUAUGUUGGCCAAAAGUGGCGGUUCUAUGUCCGAAAUGGCACCGCUCUCGAGAAGAUGUACAGGUUUAAUGUUGGAGGAGGCGCCAUAUUACCAGUAAAAGAUAAUGGCAUGUUUAGAUUAUGGGAGGACGAUAUUCAUUUUUUUGCUUGGGCUGGUGUCGUUUACAGAGAAUUGAAUUUUUCUCCCAAUUAUUCAAAAAUAUCACGCUACACAGCACCAGAUGAUGUCUACAGGACUGCUCGAUCAUUAGGACCAAACAAAACAUACAACUUGUUGAGAAAUUUGACGUGGGUGGUGUCUGUCGAUCAAGGAUUUAUGUAUCUGAUAAGGCUCCAUUUUUGCGAAUUUCUUGAGCAUGUCAUUACAAGAGUGAAUGAUAGGCGAUUCAGUAUCUUCAUAGACAAUCAGACUGCUCAAUUGGACUUUGAUGUUUUUGAAUCAAGCGGCGGCAUACGGGUUCCCAUCUACAAUGACUACAUGGUAGCCGUUGGGAGUAAAGAAGAGACUGACGAUUAUUAUCUUUACAUAUCUCUUCAUCCUAAUGCGUCUUAUUACGAUGAUGUUAUCUUGAACGGGAUGGAAGUUUUCAAGUUGAACAACUCUGAGGGCAGUCUUGCCUUUCCCAAUUAUGUCCCUCCAGCUCCAGCACCAGAACCAGCAUCGGCUCAGCCAUGGCUGCCAACCAAGAAGUCCAGCAACAAGAAAACGUUAUUGAUCGCUGUUAGUGGGAGUGUUGUGGGAUUGCUCACAAUACUUUCUUUGUUUUGGUACAUAUAUAUUCGGCAACAGAGAAAGAGGAAGCAUUAUUGUUCUUACCAUAAAUCAUUAAGCUGUUGGCGGUGGUUGAACCCUUCUACAGGGCAGUCAUCAAGGACAAAAGCUUCUUCACUGCCGAAAGAACUAUGCCGCCACUUUUCACUAGUUGACAUUAAAGCCGCAACAAACAACUUCCAUAAGAGCUUGGUCAUCGGUGUCGGUGGCUUUGGCAAUGUUUACAGAGGUGAUCUUGAUGACGGAGCCAUGGUCGUAGCCAUCAAGCGCUUGAAUCCAGAGUCCAGCCAAGGUGCCCAAGAAUUCAAGACAGAGAUUGAGAUGCUGUCCCAGCUCCGCCAUGUCCAUCUUGUCCCUCUAAUCGGAUAUUGUCAUGAAGGAGGAGAAAUGAUUCUAGUGUAUGGCUAUAUGAUCAACGGGACUCUUCGACAGCAUCUGUACGAAACCGAUAACGAUGUCCUUCCAUGGAAAAAAAGACUCGAGAUAUGCAUUGGUGCAGCGCGUGGUUUGCACUACCUUCAUGCUGGUGCGGUGAAUACAGUAAUCCAUCGAGACAUCAAGACAACCAAUAUUUUGUUAGACGAAAAUUGGGUUGCAAAAGUCUCAGACUUUGGAUUGUCCAAAAUAGGGGUGAAUAGCACAGCAGUGAGUACCGUAGUAAAAGGCACAUGGGGAUAUUUGGAUCCAGAAUAUGCUCGACGCCGGCAGUUGACAGAAAAAUCUGAUGUAUAUUCAUUUGGUGUGGUGUUGUUUGAAGUAUUAUGUGCCAGAAAACCUCUCAAUCAAAAGUUGGAAGAGGAACAAUGGAAUCUGGCAAAUUGGGCACGAAAAUGCAUCCAGAAUGGAACCAUUUAUCAAACAAUUGAUCCCUAUUUAAUGGGAAAAGUAUCUCCUGAGUGCUUUAAUAAGUUUGUGGAGAUUGCAGAAAGUUGUGUACGUGAUAAUGGGAUUGAAAGGCCCUCCAUGCACGAUGUCAUGGAAAAUCUUGAGUUUGCAUUGCAACUGCAAGAGGAUGCUGAUGCUGAGAAGGAAGAAACCGAUCCUGGUAGGGAAUAUACGUAUCCUGAGGUAUCAUUCCGAGGUCCUCGAUAUACCAGUGUAGUUGGUGGGUCUGCGUUGGAUUCAAAUAAUGCAAGAGGUAUAGAUGCAGAGGAGGAUACAAAUACUACUGGAUUAACCUUUCCUAGUCUUGAAUCUGAUAAUAUAACAUCAAGUGAUGUCUUCUCUGAUACCAACAACUCUGCAACAAAAUAGCAUACAAUAUUUGGAAGAAAAAAAUAAAAUGGUUACAAACCACCGUAGCAUAUCCCGUAACAUGUAAUACUAUAGUUUUUUUUUUUUCAAAGCUUGUAAUGCUAUUGCUAAAUGUGUGUUAUAUGCCUUGGAGUAAUUCUUGUCUAUGCCCGACUGAAUAGGAAAUUCUUAUCUAAAUCGAGUCUAUUAUGGAUUUAAUAUACAAACAUGUGAAAUUUAUAUAUUUAAUAGGUGAGUCUCAUUAUAUAUUUUGUGUUUUGAAUC